AUGAAUGAGUCGAAAGUGUCUGAAGAAUUGGGAACUGUGUGCGACGACAUCGGCACCGGCAAGACGAAAGACGAAAGACGAAAGACGAGACGAAAGAAGAAAGACGAAAGACGAAGGACGAAAGACGAAAGACGAGACGAAAGAAGAAAGACGAAAGACGAAGGACGAAAGACGAAAGACGAGACGAAAGACGAAAGACGAAGGACGAAAGACGAGACGAAAGACGAAAGACGAGAUAAAAAAGGAAGACGAAAGACGAAGGAAGCAGAAAGAAAGAAGACGACGAAGGAAGCGGAAGGCGCGAAAAGACGUAAGGAAGGAUCUAGAAGGUUCGAGAAGCAUCGGACGCCAUAUUGA